AUGAUAGAAAUAAAGGAAUAUAGUUUUCAAGAAUUUAAAAAGUUAUUUUUUAAAAGAAUUGGAUUGGAGGAGUUGGAUGAAAUCAAAUUUGAGGACUUGACUCUUUUGAUGGAGUCAUAUUCAAAGAACGUAUCAUUCAACAACUUUGAUAUAAUAGAAGGAAAGGAGCAGAGAUGGGACAGAGAUUAUUUAAUCGAGAGAAUAUUGGUUGAAGGAAAAGGUGGAAUGUGUUAUCAAUUACAUGGUGUCUUUUAUCACUUGCUCAAGGAAAGUGGAAUGGAUGUUUUCUAUUCCAGAGGUAGAUGUAAUCUUUUAGGUCAAAUGGCUAAUCCAACACAUGUUUCAAUUGGAUUAAAUCACCUAGGUAAUAGAUAUUACAUAGAGUUGUCCGGUGGUGCAUUUGUACCUCAACAACCUCUCUUGCUUCAGAAUAGUCAAGACGACGAGGAAUACUCAAUCAAUAAAUCUGGUUGCAAGUUUAGAGUUUACAAGUGUGAAAGUGAAUAUGGAACCUAUGUUGCAGAAUACCAAAGACCUGGACUGGGAUGGGAACCUUUCUUUUUUUCAUCAUUUGAAAAGGAGUUGGAUCAAGACGAAUUGUUUAAAUACUCUAUCCAAACUGUUCAUGAUGACCCAACAAAACAUUUUACAGGAACGUAUAUUGGUGUCAUGCCCCAACAAGAUGGAGAUAUAGCUAUUGUCGAUGGAUCAAAACAAUGCUUUGUCCUUUCCAAUUGUCAGUUUUGGCAACCCCGUAUUGAACCAGGUUUAGAGUAUUCAACUCAAAGAUUCCAAGACUAUUUACCAAAGUAUUUUGGUUUCAAUCCAUUACAACAAUAA